UCUUCUUGGGGACUCUUUUCACAAAGCGCCGAACUGAGCGCUUUUCUCCGGUCUGGCGGUGGGGCUUUCUAAGGUCGCUUGUCCUCAGGCGGGCAGGCAGGAGGGUCGACCCCAGGGGCGCUGAGAGCGAGGCAAGGAUGCUUUCCGGAGGGAGCGCCCGGUGAAGCAGCCGCCUCACUGCCGUCCAGGGCGAGAGGGCGAGGGGCGAGAGGGCUGGGGUCCGGCCACGAGUUUCGGGAAGGAUGGGAUGUUGCACCGGGCGCUGCACUUUGAUUCUCCUCUGCACUUUACAGCUGCUUGCUGCCUUAGAGAGACAAGUUUUUGAUUUCCUGGGAUACCAAUGGGCUCCAAUUCUUGCCAAUUUCCUCCACAUCAUCAUUGUUAUCCUCGGCCUCUUUGGUACAAUCCAGUACAGGCCACGCUACAUUGUGGUGUAUGCCAUCUGGACGGCCAUCUGGGUCACCUGGAACAUCUUCAUCAUCUGCUUUUAUUUGGAGGCUGGAGGCCUUUCAAAGGACAGUGAGCUCUUGACUUUUAACAUUUCCCGGCACCAGUCAUGGUGGAGCGAAAACGGCCCCGGCUGUGUAAGGAAGGAGACCCCCAUGGUAGGCCUCAAGGGCUUGGACAGCCAUUCCUACGUCUCUGUGAUCGGCUGCGCUUUGGAGUAUCGCUACAUUGAAGUCAUGCACAGUGCAUUGCAGAUUCUGGUGGCGCUGGUGGGCUUUGUCUAUGCCUGUUACGUUGUCAGUGUAUUUACAGAAGAAGAAGACAGCUUUGAUUUCAUUGGUGGAUUUGACCCAUUCCCUCUCUACCAUGUCAAUGAAAAGCCCUCCAACCUUUUGUUCAAGCAGACCUACCUGCCUGCGUAAGUAAAAAAAGAUCGAGAGGCUAAACUUGGCCUGAAGUCAGCCAUCCAGAAUCCAAACGCCAGAUACUCCAGAUAUUCUGCGCAGGAACAGAAGCAGCCGCAAAGUAAUGGCGAACACAUUCCACUCAAAAGGACACACACACAGGAAGACUGUACUUUGACAAGUGGCCAUUCAAGGAAAUAUAUCAUUUUGCUUGGCCAGCCCCUCAUUAACACGCUGGCUCAUUAGUGGACUCACAGGUUUUGCUGUCAAUGAAUGGAAUGGGAAUAUUACUGCCCUCUUCACCCUUCUCUCUAUUGAGACUCCCCAUUGAUAAUCAAAUGAGAGCAUUUUGAACAUUUCCAUUGGAUUCUUUAUUUUCACAUUACAGAGGUAAUUCCUUAAUGCUUCAGGCGUUUCAUGACUUGGUUAUUAUAAAUCGUCCAAUCCUACUCUGUUCCCUGUUUCCCAAUUCCAAAUUCCAGACCCAAACAAUCUUGUAAUGGACAAGUUGCUAGUUGAACUCACAGAUCCUCUGGUAUUUUUUCCCUAGCAAUCCUAGGCAAAAUUAUUUAGAUUCCACUUCUCAAGCCUUUCUAGUAACCAACUCGGUCCUUUUCUGCCUUCAACUGAUCUCCACGGAUGGAAAAAUUGAACUCUGUUGGAGUUGUUUCUGGAUUUCAAAAGACAUUGGUACAGCAGCCUAAUUCUGGAUGUCAGAUUCAUAAUCGAUUCAUGGACCCCAUUUACUGUGAUCAAAAAUGUCCUUCACUCUACUCAAGAAAACCAAAUUGGUGCAACAUUGCUACCUAUGGGAGAUGUUGCAAUGUCUCACUCUGGCAAACGACUGUAGCAGUGAUGGUGCAUUGGGCCCAUAGUAUGUACAAGCUGCCUUACACUGAGUCACAUUAAUGGUGCCACUGUCCCAAACAGUGUCAGUGGGAGUUACAACCAUUUCUAAUGAACUGAGAACAUUCAAGAUGCAAAGGAUUGGACCCGUGGACUGGCCCUGAGCCACAACCCUUUCUGGUUGUAUUCAUGUUGAUGUUAUUACAAAACCGUGGUAUGUUUUGGUCUGCAUUGCAAUGAGCCACUAAGAAUGAAGAUUUGGGGGGGGAGGGGGUGAAUGGAAAAUCCAGAGAACUAGCUGGCAUCACUUAACCACACCAUCAAUAUAUUCACAUUGUGUAUUUGCUGCUGAGAAGUGGAAUCCUGUGGAGUGAUGCUGUUCAGGAAUCCAAUCACUGCAUCUCCAAAUGUGGUUUUCUGGACCAAAAGUCCGUAGACAUUCAAAGGGCACUUGGAAGGUCUCAUCCAACUGGAAAUGUUCUUGAAUACACCCUUCCUUUUAUAUACUUCUGGAAAACCUGGUGUUCCCCAAAACCUGCGGAUACCUGCCUCUUCUGCAUAAAUGCGAGCUGUUUUGGCUACUUAAGCAGCAAGACUGACAGCAUGAAUAUCAGAAACAGUGGAAAGGAUGGUUUUGUUCCCUUGAGUUGCACCCGAGAAAAGUUUGCUAGAGACAUGUGUAAAUUGAACUAGCCCAAAGUAAGUUUUUGGUGGUGGCUGAUGAGUCCCAUGUUAGUGCAGUGCUGAAUUCCCUCUAGGCUUUAGUCUGAACUUUAAAGGUGUCCUCCAGGCUGCUGAACCUGUUUUGGGCAUAGCUUUCAGUACUUUGAAUAGUUCAUUUAGAAUUCUGACUAAUAUCUAGAGUGGAUUCACCAUUCCACUGCUCUGGAAGGCACUGACACUUACCAGCAGGAACAUGGGAGCAGUAGAAGUGGAAGGAGCAGAAACCAGGAGACAUCCAGACAUCCUGCAACAUUGCAUGAACUAUGUUUGUAUCACACAUCCCCAUCUCCACUCUUGCCUGCAAAAAGCUGUCAAGCCCUAGCAGCCUGCUGCUAUCGUCAUGUAUUGGUGCUCCAUUGAAAAAGCAGCUGGUCUUGGCUGUACAGGGAAAGAAAGCAAGGAUACUCUCCUAGAUGUCUUACAUUUCCCUUCCCUUCACAGCCCAAACCAGCUGCUCCUUUCCCCCAGUGAUGUAACUAAUAGCAGCAAAUGACUGCCAAAGGUAGACAGCUAUAGCAGGAGGGUUUUAGGUGGGUAACAAAAAGCUAGAGAAUGUCGCUUGUGCCCCACCCAAAAUAUUUAUGUGUGUCCAACUUGGGAGUUUCAUCCACCUGUAACUCAGAAUAACAUGCAUAACUGACUCACAGGAUCCCAGCCAUCAUCUACCACUCCUCCAAGUUCUGUUGUUCCCUCUGAGCUUAUUUGCAAUUCUCAGUUGGAAGGAAAAUAGAUUUUCCAGUGACGACAACUGCUAUCCUAUGCCACUCUGAAAUCUUUAGCGAGAGGGCAGGUUAUAAAUGUUUUGAUCAAUACAUCACAUCUGUGUAGCAGAAAUCUCUUUAUACAGAGUUAUGCACUGGUUGUGUUUCACAAUUCAUGUGUUGAAUAGCAAUGUUGAAGACCCAAACACUCAUUCACAUGCACACCAAUACCAUAUGCACAAUUCCAUUUCUGUGAACAAAAUGAACCAAAAUGGACUUAAGAAUGAAAGAAAAAAGUCCAAACUCUUCUACAGGGAGAACUGACACAUGUGGAGGGCACCAAGAGGAUUCCAGUCAACAUAUUGUGACCCUUCUAUUCCCAUUGCAAAGUACUGGUUGGGGUGGAUGGGAGGUUGAUCUUGAUAAGGCAGGUAUGAUCCCAAAGCUUUACAAAACAGACAUGAAAAUAGCUCGAAAUGGUAUGUUGAUAUAUAUCAAUGUUGCCAAUAUUUUUCAUACUCCUCUUGGGAGCUUGAUUAAGGAGAACUGUUAUGAUGGGCUAAUAUGUAGGAAUUUAAUAUGUGGUAAACACUGAUUUUAGGUUCUAAGGUGAGACAAAAUUAUGGAGUUUGGGGGUAACAAGAGCUACUGGCCACAGUGGAUAUAUUUUGUGCUUCGCUGCCCAAUUCCAGUUGCUGGAGAACAUCAGAGAGAGGACUCUUGCCUUCACACUUCUCAGCAGCUGACCACUGCUGGAAACAGAAAACUAAUCUAGAUACUCUUUGGUCUGAUCCAGCAGAGUUCUUCAUAUUUGCUUAAGCCAGUUUGUAUACACCCAUGAAUUACAUCUUUGGGACUGAUACUUACAGGCCAAUAUCUGAUGCCUUUCUCCAAGUGCCUCUUCCUAGACAGCCUUGGAAGAUGACCACAAAGAAAAAGAGCCAACGUGGAAUACUGAUCUGAGUGUUUGAAUAGCCCUCUGGGAGAUGAGGGUUUCAGUCACUGCAAAGCCAAGGGCAAGUUACACUUUCUCAGCUUCUCAAGAGAUCAAUGGCAACCUCCCUCUGAACAAACCUUUCCAAGAAAGCCUCGUGAUAGAGUCACCAUAAGACAAAGACUAUUUGAAGACACAUAACAACAAAACAAGGAGAAAGGGCCUUGUUAGUUGCAUCUCCCCUUUGCUUGAAUGUUCCUCCAGUGGGGCACACCUGUUACUGUCUCUUCAAGAUCAGAUUUCUGUAUUUUGGCAGGAUGUGAUGGACCAACCUUUCAAUGCUGACAUUAUACCAUUGACCUCUAUUAUUUGUCAUGGGGAUAUGUGUGUGGUUUUAUAUGACAGUUACAUUGUUUGUAUCAAUUUUGUUUUUAACAUUCAUGUAUUGUAAACUUUUGUAACACACCUUGAGUCUUCUCCAGAAGAGAGAGUCUAAAAAUGGAAUAAACUAUAAGCUGUAGCACA